CUUUGAAAAUCUACCAGCUAAAAAUGGAUCAGGAUUGGAACAGCAGGAGGCCAAGGGACUCCGUCAACCUGCACGACCAAGUGAAGCAGCUGACUGCUCUUUUGAAGCAUGAGCGUACCAGAAACUCCUGGCAGUAUAAUGCGAGGCUGGAACUCGGUAAAGACCUGAACGAGACUAAACAACAGCUGGCUCGUCAGAAGAGCCUAAAAGAAAUGUUCAUUAAGAGAGGAAAGGACACACGCAAUGAACUGGAGAGGCUGAAGAGGCUCAGUGACCCAGAGACCAUGGACACCAUGAGGAUUGCCACUGAGGUUCGAAAUACCAUCAAACUAAAGAGGAAGAAGGUGCUUCAGCAAGCAUUUGAGGACCUCAAAGUGGCUUACAUUAUCAGCCAAGAAAAGUUCUCAGCAGAGCUCCAGGUUGAAAAAACUAAAAAUGGAGCUCUUCAGCAAGAACUUGAGCAGCUGAGAGCUUCACAUCAGAUCAACCCGAGCUUUAAAACUGAGCUGAAAGGUGAGAAGGAAAAGGGCGACAGCUGUCAGAAACACCUGGAGAAAGAGAUUCACUCCCAAGCUGAAAAUGUGUCAGAGUACCUGGAGGCUUUAAAGCAGCAGAUGGUUGAAAAGGAUGCUCUGGUCCAUCAGAUGGAGGAGGAGAUCCAGACCCUGAAAAAGGACGCAUCUGAGCAAGAGAUGUUUUUCAAAAAGCAGGAGGACGUGAUGUCUGUAAACGAUGCUUUGGUCCAUCAGAUGGAGGAACAAAUUCAGAACUUCAAGAAAGACGCCUCUGAGACAGAGAAGUCCUUUGUCAAAGAGUUGGAGGACCUGAAGUCUGUGAAGGACACUCUGGUUCACCAGAUGGAGGAAGAGAUCCAGACCCUAAAGGAAAAGGCCUCUGAGACAGAGAAGUCCUUUGUCAAAGAGUUGGAGGAUCUAAAAAAAGAACAGGCCUCAACGAAACAGGAUCUGAUCAAUAAGCUCCAGACUGAGCGGGAGAUCAAUCAGACCUUCCAAAAUGAACUUUCCAAGCUGGAAAAAGAAAAGGACAAGACCAGGCAGCGGAACCAGGCCUCCCACCAUCAUGUACUAGAUGUUGAGCUACUGGAAGAGAUCGGCCACUCUGAGGAACAGCUUGAGGAGAAAAAAAAGAAACCUUCAGCCUGGAAAAGAUUUAGACACCACAUUGGUUUGAGGAAAAUGAAGAAGAAGGAGGAGAAGCGGUCCUCCAUCUGAUGGACCGAAGCAGGAAAACCUGAUGUCUGUGAAGGACACUGGUUCGUCAGAUGGAGGAGAAGAUUCAGACCCUGAAGGAAAACGCCUCUGUGAGAGAGAAGUUUUUUUGUCAAAGAGUUGGAGGACCUGAAGUCUGUGAUGGACACUCUGGUCCAUCAGAUGGAGGAAAAGAUUCAGUGCCUGAAAAAAGACGUCUCUGAGCAAGAGAGGUUUUUCAAAGAGCAGCAAGACGUGAUGUCUGUGAAGGACACUGUGGUUCGUCAGAUGGAGGAGGAGAUCCAGACCCUGAAGGAAAACGCCUCUGUGAAAGAGAAGUUUUUUUUGUCAAAGAGUUGGAGGAGCUGAAGUCUGUGACAGACACUCUGGUCCAUCAGAUGGAGGAAAAGAUU